AUGACUGGGAGGCAGCCUGAAAUAGUCCGUGGCGCUUCCCGCAUGACCCCACCACACUCUACAUCUGUGCCUGCUGCCACUUUUCCGAUUCACCCAAAAAAAAACCCCCCGACUUAUUUACAUCCUCCGUCCUCGCGGCUCUCCCUCGGACCACCGGCAUUCUUUCCAGCUUCGUCUGCUGCAAAGAUGACUUCCGAACAGACCCCCCUCCUCGAUGAGCACGCCGGCUCCGACAGCGGCCUCCGCCGCCGCGACGCCCACGCCAAGGCCCAGCGCUCCAAGAUCCGCGAAGCUGCCAUCUUUGCCUGGGCGCUCAUUGCCACGGCUGCCUUCAUCAUCGUCGCCGUCUGGGUACAGCACCGGGAGCAGACGCGGCCACCCGUGCCCGCGCCCGCCGCCAAGCGCAACCUCGUCUUCAUGGUCUCGGACGGCAUGGGCCCGGCCUCGCUGGCACUGACCCGCGGCUACCGCCAACAUGUCGAGCGCCUAGACCACGGCAACGUUCUUGCGCUCGACCGCCACUUUUGGGGCACCAGCCGCACGCAGUCGUCCAACUCGCUCGUCACCGACAGCGCCGCCGGCGCCACGGCGUUUUCCUGCGCGCAAAAGAGCUACAACGGCGCCAUCUCGGUGCUGCCCGACGGCCGGCCCUGCGGAUCUGUCCUCGAAGCCGCCAAGCGCGCGGGCUACGCGACGGGGCUCGUCGCCACCACGUACGUGACCGACGCGACGCCCGCCUGCUUUGCCGCGCACGUGCCGCACCGCGAGAUGAUGGACGAAAUUGCCCUGCAGGAAGUCGGACGGGGCUCGCUGGGCCGCAGCGCCGAUCUCAUCCUCGGCGGCGGCCGCUGCUACUUUUUGCCCAACUCGUCCGAGGGCGGCUGCCGCCAGGACGACGUUGACGUGACCAAGAUUGCGCGCGAGGAGCACGGCUGGACCUAUGUCGACUCGCGGACCGGCUUCGACGCCCUCGCCGGUGGCGAAAAGGUCACGCUGCCGCUGCUCGGCCUCAUGGCACCGGCCAACGUCCCGUUUGAGCUCGACCGCCGCAACCUCAACGACACGUACCCCAGCCUGCGGGAGAUGGCGACGACGGCGCUGCGCGCGCUCGCCCGCGCCACGGAAAAGAGCGACAAGGGCUUCUUCGUCAUGAUUGAGGGCAGCCGCAUCGACCACGCCGGGCACAUCAACGACCCGGCCGCGCAGGUCCACGAGGUGCUCGCCUACGACGCCGCCUUCCAGGCCGUUCUCGACUUUAUCCGCUCCUCCGACACCGAGACCGUGCUCGUCGCCACGUCGGACCACGAGACUGGCGGCCUCGCCACCGCCCUGCAGCGGCCCGACGAAAAGGAGCCCACGUAUGCCUGGUACCCCGCGGUGCUGGACCGCGCCACCGCCUCCUGCGAGCACCUCGCCGGCAAGCUCAAAACGCUACGCAGCGGUGACGACGGCAGCAGCAGCAGCAGCAGCAGCAAGACGACGCUUCGCAAUUACAUCAAGGACGAGCUCGUUGUUCAAGGGCUCGGCAUCCCGGCCGACGACGUGUCCGACGCCGAAAUCGACAGCCUCGUCGCGGCCGCCGACGACACCGAGCGCGUCAAGACCAUCUUGACGCAGCUCAUCUCGCAUCGCGCGCACAUUGGCUGGAGCACCCACGGCCACACCGCCGUCGACGUCAACAUUUACUCGUCGGGAGGGCCCGGAACCGAGGCCCUCCGCGGCAACGUGGAGAACACAGAGGUGGGCGACUUUCUCCGGCGGUACCUCGACGUCGACGUGGAUGCCGUCACCGAGGAGUUGCAGGCGGGGAGCCGCCGCAGCGACGAGAUUGCCGGUAUCAUGAAGGAGAGGGGAAGCUUUGAUGAGUAUCACGGUCGUUUAGAAAACUGA